AUGCGGGGUCCGAUCCCGCAUCGGUGGCUGCUGCGGGCGCAUUUCCUCGAAGUCUUACCUCGAAGGGCUUGGGUCUCCCCCGCGAGCCCUGUGCCUCCCGGAGUUUCCCCCACGCCCUUCUGGCCGGGCCGCCGCGAGGCUCCGCAGGGGAAAGACCAGCGGGGGAUUCGCCCCCAGCCUGUAUCACAGGAAAACCCCGGGAGCAGCCCCGACGCAGUGCAUUUCCCGGAAACCCCCUCUCCCGGCGCGCUGCGGGAAGGCCUGGGGCUCCUCGCGCGGACUACCCGCCCGCCUCGCCAAAGGAGGGUCGGAGACCCAGGUGAAAAGCAUAACCGCCAGGAAGAGGCGAGCCCAGAGCGCGGAGAAGGAGAGGUCGGGAAACCCCGCCCCACCCCCUUGUCUUGGGGUGGGGAAUUCGCAACCCAAGCCAGAACCCUAGGCUUGGGGCACGCUCCCAGCCUGCGGCCAAGGAAAGACAUUCGAAGGUUGAGGAUUAGGGACGCCUCUCAUUUCAGCCCCCGAGUUCCGGCGAGCGUCCACCCUGCGCUCCCCGCCGAGCCCGCCCCCGCCCCCUUCCCAGCCCCCGGCCCGCGCGCCACUGCCCCUUUAAGAAGCCCAGGUAGGCAGGCCCGGCUGCGGGAGCCGCUCCUAUGGCAACCCGCGAGCUGCGGCGGCUUCAUGAAUAUUCCGGGGCGCGGGAGCCGAGCGCUGCCGGAGGGCGCUCCGGGGGAGGCGGCCGCUGAUGUAAGCCCGGCGGGCCGCUGGGCUCCGCUCGGCUGCGGCGGGAGACCCGGAACGGGCCGGCCGGGCUCGGCCAAAGGAAGCGAGCCGAGCUCGCGCGUGGCUGGCCACAAAGGCCGGGCGACGGGACAGACUGACAGCCCGCCUGCCCGCGGGACGCACGCCCUAGAGGCGCGCGGGCCGUGCGUUCUGCACUCCAAAGCGGUUUUCCAAACGCCGCGGCCGCAGAGCCGCUUCAACCCGCGCCCAUUGUUCCCCGCGGGGGCGGGGCGCUUGGAGCCGGGCGGCGCGCCGCGCCCCUGA